AUAAUCCUAUACCAUGGGGCAAAGUGCAUCGAGAUAUUUUGUUCACGGCACUGAAUGAAUGAAUGAAAAGAAAAUGCAACUCAUUUUGCUUCGGAGCCGAUUGGUAUAGCGGGUGUUGGAAACGCAUGACCUUGUGACUUGGGCCAGUGAGCACAGCUAGUAGAGCCUCGAUGAUUUUAUAUAAAAAUCGAAAGAUAUACUUCAUAUAAGUAAGCCACAGCUCGGUCACAGUUAUAUUACAACAAUAUAAAUUCGGGGAAAAAAGGAGUGUCCUGGUGUAUAAACAGUCAUUGGACAGGGACGAACACUAGACUGGCAAAUUUGAUUCGCACAGAGAGAUAUUACUACUCGGACCUAUACCAACAAGUGUGCGUUGAAACAUUAAGUCCGGUUUUCUGUUCGUGACAAGUUUUCUCAAACACCAUUAUUGGAUCCCGACCAAGCAUGGCUGUUGUUUCUCUCUCCGGUAUGACACUACACGUAGUGCUCCUCGUAGGUACCUGCUUUACAGCAGUACUGGGACAACAUGUUCAGCUGAGUCUAGGUGUAGAGACAGAGCAAUAUACCGUACCAUGCAAUACAUACAAAUACUUCCAGGUGGACGCCACCGAACCCUGCAAAGAUUUAAAAAUACAGGUCAACCAUGCUGAAGGCGAGCCUGACCUGUACGUGUCCAGAGGACCAGAGAAGUUACCAACAUUCAGGAGCUUGGCGUGGUCUUCUUAUGAAUGGGGCUCUGAGAGUCUGACUAUCUCCAGUUGGGAUCCCGAGUAUGUGCUCGGGACCUACUACAUCGGAGUUCUUGCCUACUGUGGAUCAGACGUUAGUACAGGCAACAUCCCUGCCAAAUUCACCAUGCUAGCAGAGCAUGUAACAUCGACCCAUCCUCACGAUGAAGUACAAGAGAACGGACAAAUCGCAGGCAACAUAGCCGCCGAAGGCUACAAGUACUAUCGCUUCUGUGUACCAUCUACCUGUGCCAAUAUCGAUGUGGGUCUUGCCAGCUGUAUUGACCCUGCGACAUGCCCGACCACCUACUCGUAUCCCGAGCUUCUUGUUUCCCGCUCCAUCCAACAGCCAACGAUCAACAGCCAUGCCUGGAAACUCGCCACCAUCGAUGUCCGCAGUGUUACGUUGAACCACGAUGAUCCCGACUUCUACCCUGGUCAUUACUUUGUAGGUGUGUAUGGAUGGUGCACUCCCGAUGAUCUCUGUUCGGAUAUGUCGACGUGUGGACCGUGUUCGUAUGCAGACAAUACGGAAUUUAUUCUGUCCUUGACAGUAACCAAUGUGACUGAGAACUGUACGCCGAAGGCACCACUGGAGCUUUGUAGUACGGAUGGAACCACAAGUAUGGCUUCCUCUUUCAAGGUCCUCUUGCUCUCAAUGAGUCUCGGUUGGAUCAUAAAUGCACUCUAGUUCUUAUUUGUUUUCUCACUUUUAAUAACUAAAACUCACAUUGUGUUUUAUUAUAGAUCCACCGGGAUGUCAGUUGAUAAACCAAAGGAGAUGGGUGAUAUAUUUAUAACACAUGAUGCUUUCAUUGAUCACGAUGAGUUUUUGGUGGAGGAAAUACACUAUAGACAUUUUCAUUAUUAAUUGAUAAAAGUAAUGUAAUCUUGAUUAUACCCGCCUUCUUUCAUAGAAAUACAAUAAAUAAUAUUGAUUCGUGAAAUACUGGAAACAAAAAUUGAUAUAUAUUUUGUACGAGGUUUGUGGUUAAUUACACCAGUUAUUCUUUCGACAGGGAUAGUUGGCCCUGAAAAGGGCCCACUCGUGCUUUUCAUGGCCAACCAACCCUGUCAAAAGAUUACGUGGUGUAACCACAAACCCCGCUCAAAUAUAUCCGAUCACCAUGGAAGUCUUCAAAUAUCAUAGAAGUAAUAAUUAUAUGCUACUGCACUUUGAUUUUUAAAUGGCGCUACAUUCUAUUAUUAAAUACACAGAUCCGUGUGUAUAGAACAGUAAUCUUGACACUUGAGUAAUGAUAUGAAUUUACUGAAGACUGUUAAAGUCACAAAGAAUGGAAAGAGUCGGCAUGAUAGUAUGUCUGCGACAUGCAUUCUUUUUUGUUGUAUUCUAUAUCGGUGGCAGAUUUAAACAAAUCGAGACUAUUGUCAUCAUUUAUUCAACAGGGGGCCGGAAAACAAAAUACCAGGCAUUGAUAAUGAAAUCAUGAAAAUAGAAACAUUAUAAUGGAUGUCGAGAUAAGUUUUGAGGGGAAAAAACACCCCCCAAAUUGACUAAUCAUGAACCGUUUUGCCUUUUCCAAAUCCACUAGACUUGAAAAACAAUUGUAUUACUAAUUAACCGAUGGCUGAUAAAUUGCGAUUUUAUUAGUCAUUGAAAUCAGACAAAAAUGUAAAACAAUGCAUCGAGUCUCUUUAUUCAUUCAAGAAGAACUGUUGACACAUGUUAUAAUUAUAUAUACCGUACACGAGGAAGUUAAUAAAAUUAAUAAUUUACUGUAAAGAACACGGUCGCCUCUAUUUCCGGAAAAUCAAUAAUCAAGGACAAUUUCAAUACCCUGAACACCCCGAAAAUCGACGAAUCAUGAAUCUAAUGCUUUUUCCAAAUCCAUUAGACUUUAAAAACAAUCAAUUGUAUUACUCAAGAACAAGUUAUGCAUGUAUAUGUGUGUAGCUUACACAACGCGGAAGUAAAUAAACGAGCAUAGAGACCA